AUGGAGGUUGGCAAUGGCACAGCAGUGACUGAGUUUGUUCUGCUGGGGUUCUCAGGUUUUCGCUCCCUCCAACGACCUCUGUUUUGGGGGGUGCUCUGCAUCUACUUGAUCACCUUGCUGGGAAACUUCCUGAUCAUCCUCCUCACACUGGCUGACCCUGCCCUCCACUCCCCCAUGUACUUCUUCCUUCGCCAUUUCUCCCUGGUGGAGAUCUUCUACACCACCACCAUCGUGCCCAGGAUGCUGGCUGACCUCCUGUCCACCCACCCCACCAUCCCGCUUGCAAGUUGCUUCAUCCAGCUGUAUUUCUUUGCCCUUUUUGGUAUUGCUGAAUGCUGCCUUCUCACAGCCAUGGCCUAUGACCGCUAUGCUGCGAUUUGCCAGCCACUGCAUUAUAAUGCCUUAAUGAACAAGAGAGCAUGUGCUAGCAUGUUAGGGGCAUCUUAUCUCAUGGGCGUCAUCACUGGCAUCACCCACUCCGUCUGCAUCUUCACCUUGCCCUUUCAUGGUGCCAACAUUAUCCACCACUACAUGUGUGAUGUCAUGCCUGUGCUGAGACUGGCUACUGCAAGCACCUUCUGGGGUGAAAUGGGGGACCUCACCAUGACAAUAGCCUUCAUUGUGACCCCUUUUUUGCUGAUCAUGGCCUCCUAUGCCUGCAUUCUAGUCACCAUCCUUGGGGUUGCAACAUCGCAGGGACGUCGAAAGCUCUUCUCUACCUGCUCCUCCCAUCUCUUUGUGGUCAUUCUCUUUUUUGGGACUGCAUCCGUGGCUUAUCUGAGGCCUGAUGCAGGCUCUUCUCCAGACACAGACCAGGUCAUCGCUGUCUUCUACACAGUUGUCACCCCCAUGUUCAACCCUUUUGUCUACACCCUGAGGAACAAGGAGGUCACAGGGGCCAUGAAGAGGCUCAUGAUUAGGUACAUCUCGGGCCCCUGA